CAUAACUUUAUUUGAAUAAUUCUAUUUAAUCUAGUUAGUCACCUGGACUUUUUCAUGUAAAUGGAUAACGGAUUGUAACUCCAGUGUCCAGGUCUGUGUUGAAUCAAUGGCAUAUGCUUUAUGAGUGCACUGCUUUCUAUUCUCCCGUUAGAGGAGAAAUGAAACUUAACUGUGAUUCUGGAUAUCAUCGGAUGGUUCUGAUCCUGUCCACUUCAAAUAAAGAACAACAGCUAUGUCGAAUGACAUGAGUGCCCCUCUUCUCUUGGAUGAAGAGGAGAGAGUUGAUGCUGCGAAUGUGACUUCUAGUUCUUCCACUGUGGCCAUACUGGGUUCUGGUGACUUCUCACGCUCCUUGUCUAUGCGGCUGGUGGCAUGUGGGUAUGGUGUGGCGGUGGGGAGUCGCUGUGUAAAGCGCAUUGCUCCUGGUCUGUUUCUGGAUGCGGUGGAGCUGAGCAGUCAGGAGGAAGCAGUAGCGAAAGCCAAGAGUCUGGUCUUCAUGGCCCUGUUCCCUGAGCACUAUCCAUCCCUGCUGGGCCUCAGAUCAGCCCUGGCCGGAAAGAUUCUUGUGGAUGUGAGUAAUGCUGUGGAUUUGAGCAGCAACAGACCAUCGAAUGCAGAGCAGCUUGCCGAGAUGUUCCCAGACAGUGUGGUUGUUAAAGGCUUUAACACAAUUUCUGCCUGGACUCUGCAGACUGGUGCACAGGAUGGCAGCCGGCAGGUGCUGCUGUGCAGUGACAGUGCAGAAGCAAAGCAUGAGGUGGCCCAGCUCGCCCGGCGCAUGGGCUUCUACCCAGUAGAUGUUGGCAGCCUGUGCUGUGCACAGGAACUUGAAAGAAAGCCCUUGCAUCUCUUCCCUUCUUGGCGCGGCCCUGUCCUCACCACCUACCUGCUCUUCUUUUUCUUCUACUGCUAUGGGUUUAUCCGUGGGAUUCUCCUGCCAUACAUAGCCUAUGGACAAAACUCCUUUUACCGCCUAGUCUUUGACCUAGUGAAUGAAAGCCUGCCGUGCGUGGCGCUGGUCAGUCUGGCACUGGUGUACCUGCCGGGGCUGUUUGCAGCAUGGCUGCAGCUGCGGAGAGGCACCAAGUACCAGCGUUUCCCCUGCUGGCUGGAUGCUUGGCUGCUCCGGAGGAAACAGCUAGGCCUACUGAGCUUCCUGUGUGCUGCUCUGCAUGGAGUGUACAGCCUCUGCCUUCCACUGCGUACCAUCACACAACACAGACUCAUCAACGCUGCUUACUCACAGGUGAAGGCAGGUGUGGAGAUGCCGUGGGAUGAACAGGGUGUAUGGCGCACUGACCUCUAUGUGUCCAGUGGAGUGUUAGGUCUGGGCAUUCUCUCUCUGUUGGCUAUCACAUCUCUCCCCUCAGUGGGCAACAUCCUCACGUGGAGGGAGUUCACCUUCAUUCAGUCUGGACUGGGAUAUGCUGCUUUGACUCUCUCUCUCAUGCACACGUUGGUGUUCGGCUGGAAUUUUGCCUUCUCCUCCCAGACCUAUGCAUUCUACAUGCCACCCAGCUACAUGCUAGCUUUGGUUCUGCCGUGUGCCGUGCUGGUGUGCCGAUGUUUCCUGCUGCUGCCCUGUGUCUCCGCCAGGUUGGCACGCAUACGCCGGGGCUGGGAAAGCACACGCAAAUGCCCUGUGUCACAGCACCACCGAGCGCGGGUGGAGAGGACAGGUUCACAGGUCUAGUUGGGACAGUCAGGUGACAUUGAUGAUGCAUUUACUGGUUUACAACAUUAAUAGUUUGAAUAUAGCUCUUACAUAAGGAUAACACUGUGCACAUUUUAAGACGCUGUAGCCUUACUGGCUGCAACCAGAAUGGUGGUAUUACUUUUUUUCAACAGUUAAGGGGGUCAUAAGAGCCAGCAAUGGCCUUUCUCAAGCUUUUAGAGACAGAAAACAAUAGUGUUACACAACCCUGCAACCUAUUAAUGGGAUUUGAGUUACACAACCCUGCAAUCUAUUAAUGGGCUUUGAGCUACCAGCUGUGUGAUAUGCCAGUGUAACCACAAGCAAUCAUUUAUAUCAGGUGCAAUAUUACCAUUGUGACAGUAUAAUUAAAAAAAAAAAACUCUAGGCACUACUUAAAAUGUACUAGUAGACAUUUUUGAAAUGACUAAAGGACAUACCAGGUGCAAACCAGAGAAAACAGUAUUGCAGCAUUGUUUAGACACAUUUUGGAGGGUGUAUUAAUCUUACCCAGCCUAGUUUUUUAAAAAAAAAAAAAAAAAAAAGAAAGAAAAAAAAACUUGAGUAGUUUCCUCAGCAAUUCAGUAAUUGCUCUGCCACUACAGUAUUGCUUUACGAAAUAACAUCCGCUCGGAAAAUGGCCCAUUGUAAGCAGAUACAGAUUGCUUUUCUUUUUAUACUUUUACACCCGUAUUAGCAGCCACUGUCAGCGAUUCCACUGGGCCAAUAUCCCGUCAUCAAAAGCUUACCUCCGUUGUCCCACAGUAAACAUUUUAUCAGUAAGGUUAUACCAUAAUGACUUCCAACAAUCCCCAUGCUGAACUCGUUGACACACAUUCUUAAACCUUAUUACACCAAUUAAAAGCAUCCUUAUCUAGUGAAUGUUCACCAUGAUGGUUAUAUGUAAGGGAAUGUGUUGUAUAGCCCCUAAAAUGAGAAUAACACAGUUCCAAACUCUAGUCAUGCUUACUGAGAUAACCUAGGCUUUAAUGUGAAAUGUCAAAAGGAUUUUGCAUUUGCAUUUUAAUUUUGGCUGCCAUUGCACAAAAAUGAAAAUGCAAGUAAACAUUCUGCAACUGAAUUUGAAUUAUGUCUCAAAUUAUACACUCUUAAGGGGAAUGCAUUUCCUAAUUAGCAUUGGAAUUUGAAUAAAGCUUAAAAAAUACUGCCACACUUGCUAAUCAUGGUUUCAAAUCUUGGAUUAUCUGGCAUUUCCAAAUAAAAAGGGGGCCACAUACUGUAGUUAUCUCAAACAACUCAAUCCACCUAUACUAAUGAUGUUCUCAGGUGUGUAGAGCUGAAUUAACCCAUUUAAAAUUACCAUGAUACCGUCUGGCAUAUGUCACCUUAUCUUGGUUUUGUAAAACAAAGAACCGGUCCCAUAUUCAAUGAGAUUUAUCUUGUACAAACAUUCUUGUGCACUUGCAUGCAACAAACAAUAUGAUAUACACUUUGGUACUUGACUUUUCAAAACUAGUGAUUGUUCCUCUUAUGGGAAAAACAGACAGAAAUUGAUUUUAAUGAGAUUUAUUUAAUAAACACAAUUUCAAUCACAUGCACCACUGUCUGAUAAGUAAUUAAAAUAAAACAGGUGGUAUUAAAACUUGAAACAUUUGAAUGCAUGUAACC